UUUGGCUCGAGACCCAAAGCUAGGCUUCAUUUGCGUUGGAGGGCAUCUUAGCGGCCAUGGAGCCUGCCGUGGCACCCGACGCCAGCGAGCCUUCGCAGGAGCCAAGGGAGAGCACGCCAGAGGAGCCCGCGGGCUUUCCCCGGAAGAUCUUCCGCUUCGUGGGCAACGUGGGCCACCGCAUCUUUGACAACAUGAGCUUCGUGGGCGAGGUGUUGGUGGAGUUCAUGGAAUGGGACAAGCACCCGUACCACCGGGAAAUGGAGCAGCUGCGGAAAGAGCAGCGGCACAAGCAGAUCCAACAGCAGAUCCAGGAGGAACAGAAGGAGGAGAAGGAGGCGGCAGAGGUGGCUAGCCUCGAAGCGCCAACGGGGCAGUGACUCUUUUGCCUUGGAGCGAGUGGCCUACCAGUCUGGACUGAUCAGCGCCCGCCAAGGAAAUUGCUGGAAAUCCGAUGGCGACCCAAAAAGAAGGCGACCUGGAAAAGAAUGGGCGAGCAAUUUUGCGAAGCUCAUGCACCAUGAUUCAAUGCGAACGCAUUUUCACCCACU